GCCUCGGAGCUCUCCGGUAACGGAGACAGUAGACGGCACUGACUCACACUGACGAUCCACACACAGCACAUUACAGACUCUACCUGCCCUGCAACCUGACAGGAGGAAGACGACAAUGAAGACAUAAAGGAACUUUCCUCUGUUUUUUUUGUGGGACCGUUUUCCACCCGCUGUUGACAGCAGGCUUCUCUUAAAUCCGGGCAUCACAUAAAGUCAGCAUGCAUGUUAUUGAUUCAUAAACACCAGAUGGCGGUGAGUUGAAAUAUCAGUGAAACACAUCUGAGUGUGUUGGGACGGGACAAGGUGGUUUUUAAUCACCUCUUUCGUUACAACUGCGGACGACAAAACUUCCUUUCUCCCGGUGGCGGACCUUCUGUUUUCGUCUUUAAUUUUGUCAAACAUCACCCGACCUCCUCCUCCUCCUCCUCCUCCUCCUUCACCACCUCCUCCUCCACCUCCAACCGUCUUCACUUGAUAAAACAACAGCCGCCGCGGAGACAAGACUACAGCCUGCCUGCCAGCGGUCAAAGGGAAUCAAAAUAACAAUUAAGCGAACAGCAGCACAGGAUUGGACCCUCACAAGGAUGCUACUCCAGCACAGACACCACUAGACGGUCCAAACAGCCGCUGCCAAUAUGUUCAGGCGAGGUUAUGGUGGGGUGGAGCUACUGUUGGUGCUGUGUGGCCUGGAUCUCUCUCUGCCCUGCCCUCGCCACUGCAUCUGCUACACUUCACCUAGCACAGUCUCCUGCCAGGCCCACAACUUCCAUGCCGUGCCCGAGGGCAUCCCUGCCCAGAGCGAGCGCGUCUUCCUGCAGAACAACAAGAUCCAGCGGCUGCUCCGCGGCCACUUCUCGCCCACCACCACCAUGUUGUGGCUUUACUCCAACAACAUCUCCUACAUACAACCAUCCACCUUCCACGGCUUUGAUCGCCUGGAGGAGCUCGACCUUGGGGACAACCGGCACCUGAAGGCGGUUGCUUCAGACACUUUCCUGGGCCUGGGCAGGCUACACGCCCUGCACCUAUACCACUGUGGCCUGAUCAGCCUGCCUCCAGGGAUCUUUGCGGGCCUCCAUAAUCUCCAGUAUCUCUACCUACAGGACAACCAGUUGGAGUUCCUGGAGGACGACCUGUUCAUCGACCUUCUGAACCUCAGUCAUCUCUUCCUGCAUGGCAAUAAACUAUGGAGCCUUCGCCAGAACACUUUCCGUGGUCUGGGGGUCUUAGACCGCCUUCUUCUCCACCAGAACCGCAUCCAGUGGGUUGACCGCCAGGCUUUCCAUGACCUGCGGCGCCUCACCACCCUGUACCUGUUUAAUAACUCCCUGACUGAGCUAUCUGGAUCCAGCUUGACUCUGCUGCCGGCCCUGGAGUACCUUCGACUGAACGACAACCCCUGGGAAUGCGAUUGCAAGGCCCUGUCACUUUGGGAUUGGCUGCGGAGGUUCAGAGGCUCCACCUCCUCCCUCAUAUGUGUUUCACCACCAGAGCUGGCACAAAAGGACCUGAAAUCGCUGAAGAAAGAGGAGCUGCCCAGUUGCUUGUCAGGAGAGGGUCAUGCACAUGGCACCCCAGGCAGAGAGAUGGAGCAUGGAGAGUCAUUGAACCACCUGAAUCGUCACAGAAAUCAUCACAACCACCAUCAGCGGCCGUACUUGCCCCAUGGGGACCAGUACAGCUUGCCUUCCCCCUCACCCCUGCCACGGCCACCCAAGGGAGGCCGCAGAAACUGCACCCGCCGGGGCCGAAAGGCAAAAGGGGGGCUCAAUGAGGUGCAGGUACUACGGGAGGGGGGUGAGAAAGACUAUGCUCCAGAUGGAAGUAAAUAUGACCUGUCUGGAACUGGGCGGAGGAAGAACAAGUGCAUCCCAAGAACUUCUGUCGGCCCACCAAUUGGGGUCCAGAGAGCCAAUAAUAAAGCAGGGUCACACUUUGCAGAUUAUAUUUUCUGUUUACCACCAGCUCUGCUGCUGUCACUCAUCUCUGUCAUCCUACGCUGAGACACGAAAUGGACACUUUUGUGCUGGUGAUGCAACCUUAUGAUUCACUCUCCUGAACCAUCCUGCCCUGGCUCUUUAAAAUGAGGCAUGUGUGCAUAACUGUGUGUGUACAUGACUGUGUAUAAAGAACAUUAUCAAAUAUCUACUGUUGAAAUAUCCCUGCGGUAUUAAGGCAGGAAUCUAUACGAGUCAUAAUCAAAAACAUGGAAGUCAGGGAAAACAAUUUAGCCCGUCGCUUUGAUGAUGUCACCAAGGGAACAUCAGGAAAACUUUACAUUUGUCUCUGUGGCAUCAAUGGCAUCACUGCAUUCCUGUACUUAUAAAAACUGUACAGCCACAUAAAAUAACAAGCCAAUGAUUCAUUCAAGUAAUCGCGAGAAGACCCCACAAUAUGGAUCAAAACAGUUCAAGGCUCAGUCUCUGUCUUCAGCCUUCUAGACACAAUACUGCUCUCUCGGAGCACCCUCCAUCUGUCACUCACGCUGAGACAAAGACGGUCAUUCAUAACUGUCACACUGCUCACUCAACAGCACCUUGAGAUCCAGAAACAAAAUGCCACAGACACAAGUGGCAGUAAAAUGAGUCAUUGUAGAGUCAUAACGGUAGUAACUAGAAUCACAAUAUACCUACCAAUAAAGUGGUUUCACUUGCAGGUCUCACAGCAGGGUGAACCCACUUUAAUGCACAUUUGUAUCCUUUUAAUGGAAACUCUAAAAAAAACACCACUGGAGUUGUGACACAUCUCUAUAGCUGACAAAUCUUCAAACUAGUGCUGGUAAAAGGUCUUUACUGUCCUUGCAACCCAUCAACUUAAAAGCCAUUCAGAACCAACCUUUCAUUAUAAGAGCCAACUGGUCACAGUCAGUGUAAAUGGGCGCGUGAAUGAACGUCUGUGUCACUGUUUGUGUGAGUGUGUGUCUACUAAAAAAAAAAAAAACACUAAAGCCAUGCGGGUAGAACGACACGAGAUAAGAGUGCCUAAUGACAGCCAGUGGCCAAUAAGGACAAACUUCAGAGGCAAGGGUGGUUUCUUCCACUCUUGGACCUCACUGGCUAUAAAACAGAGGCCUCAAUGGGCCUGAAAGUUCAACACAUGCAGGCCGAGGAAAAACUGAGGCCCGAGCCUGGCUCACAAAACUUCAGACUCCCAGAAACUAUUAUGCACUUUCCUCUGUAAUGCUGUGGAGGUGAAUGGAAAAAUACAAAUCCCCCGAGCAGAGAUGAUUCAAUUCAAAUAGUCGCAGGAGUGUUUAAUACUGGGGGAGAAAAGGCCCUACAAUCAGGGAGGAGUGCUGAUGACCACCACAAUACUGCAAUAUAUCUCCUGCAAUUGUCUAAUCAACUGCUUAAAGUGGAAAACAACAAAAUCAAUUCCGUGAUGACCACCACAGGGCAAAGGGACUGACAAACUUCUGCUGUCUUUGUCCUCUCUGGUGUGUUUAGUAUGCUCCAAAACAGAUGGACUUGACGAUCUUUAAGCCCUGAUUGGAGAGUUGGAUAUUAAUGCUGCUAUGUCCGGGAAGACGGCCACUUUCUGAGGCUCGGGAUUCUUCUUGGGUAAAUAACAAGGGCAGAGAGGACUAUGGGACGCGGUGCCCAUGGAUGAACUGGAGCGGUUCAAGCACACACACCCCUACUGAAGCCCGAUCACCUUCACAGCCUUCCCCUCCCACUGCAAACUGCUAACCCCUGUCAGUCUGGGGCUUUCAAAUCCCAGAGCAGAGCACCACAGGUUUUGACUUUCGACCUGAACUAUUUCAGAGUCACUCAGUCUCAAGUGCUCAACUACAAUAGGCGAAACCUGUACAGAUACACAGGGGCCAUCCGGGUACCUUAACUAGCCAGUAAUGCUAAAGGACUUUAUUUCUUAUAGCAUUACAAAGUUAUAAAUUCUAUUUUAAGAAGGAGCUGCCCUUGUAUGCAAAAGGAUGACCGAGCUAAAAAGCUACAAAUCAUGACAUGCUGACAAAAAGCACAAUAAAUUAUUAGUAUGGUUUGCUGGCAACCUAUAAAUGUGUGGUUCGGAUGGGAAUCAAAGAGCGGGGGCCACAUUUGUACCCUGCUUGUGCGUGUUUCCUGCUGCGCCCCGCCUUUUCGUGUCUAUCUAUCUAAAUGUUGGGGACGAACAGAAGCCUGUCACUGGUGUCAUUCUCCUGACAUGUAGGAUUAGAGACCCCUUCUGGUGAACUUGUUCGUGCUGCUGUGAACCCAGAGGUGAUGUAAAUUGUGUCUGUUUAUUCCUGUGAGGAUGACUUUUUUGUAAAAAAUACAAAAAACAAAACACAACAAAAAAACAAGGGAAGAAAAAGAAAAAAGACAAACUCUCUGUUGUGUCUCAGUAGUUCCCUAAAAAAUAAACAGGGAGCUAGGGGCUGGAAGUUUAUUUUUUAUUUAAUAUGAUUAUUAUCAUCAUUUCAGUUUUUUGAGUUCUGUCCUUUUUUUUUUUUUUGUUUCGCUGAGUCAUUCAAGAUAAACGGUACACUGCACUGCCCCCCUCCUGCUCCUCCUCUUUUCUUUUCUAUCUUCCUAUUUCUCCCUCUAUCUUCGCUCCCUCCUUCUCUGCUCCUCCCUCCUUCCCUGCCUCCCUUCCCGUCUGCUUUUUCUCAUCCUCCCUCCCCGCCUCUCUGCUCCUCUCUCCUCCACCCUUGUUGCCCCCUCCUUAUUCUGUUCCUCUCCUCUCUUCCUUUGUGCAACCCAAAUGUUUUGUAUGUGGUUAUCAA